CUUGAUGGCCCAAUGCAUGGCUUUUAGCAUUUUUACAGAUCUAAAAAAGAGUGCUGUAACAUAGACGUCCGCGCACGCGCUAGAUUCACAAGAAGCUGCAGACUGGCAAGCCUUGACCUGCUACUGAAACCCACACCCAAAAAUACAGGCCUCGCGCAAUAUGUUGAUCUUGAAUUUUGUCUUUCGGCGUUUUGAAUAAAUUCUUUUCCACCCAGUAGAAUUGAUUCGUCCCUGAUUGACAUGAUUGCAUGACUCAGUUGUAGAUCUAGUACUCCACGCUGAGUUGUCUUCGUAGUUAUACUCAUUCAUGUAGAAGUGAUUGUGAUAUCCAUUCUACGGGUCUGAAGUAAAAAGCCAAAAUUCAUCCCAGAAUGUUGUCUCCAGCUGCAGGAGCAGGCGCAGCUGCACCUGGUGCAGAGAAAAGUGACGUCACCGGCUUCAUCAAGGUCGAAGCACGGAAUAUGGUCUCUGGCGAGCUGCUGUACUUGGACAAAGUUGCUGCAAAUGUGACAGUUUACGAAAUGAAGCGCAUGAUUGCAAUAAAGCUGUCAGCCGAUCCUGAGCACAGCGGACCCCCGAUUCCAGCAUGCUUGAUUCAUAUGGAACGUGAUGUCAAAAAUGGUCGUUCCACGACUGGUACUAGGAAAAAACAAGAAAAGGCGGGGAUGCACUCCUCAAAGUCUUCUCGAAAAUUGGUCUCGGGCGAGGACAAAUCCCUUUUGCCUUUUUUGGGUUUAUCUGUUGAGGAGCUAUUCCAUGCGGAAGAUAGCCAGGAGUUAGACGAUGCGCCGAUCAUCAAACUUUGCUACCUCGUGGCGCAACCGAAGUGGCAGUUUCCGGAAAGUUUGCAACAAAAGGACGCAUUGGCUGAGGCCUUGUUGCAAGCACAGGACGUAUUUAGUGAGGCCUUGUUGUUGUCCAGGGAUUGGGAUACGUCCUCCAGGGUGACAAAAGUAAGUGGCGCGUUUUUCCGAACAUGUAAGCGGGAAAUGGAGCGGGAAGACGGUGAGGCCGAGUGCAAGAUAUUGUACUAUUUUUCGUACGAAACCCAGGGUGAAGACUGCGACUGGAAAGAAUGGAGGCGCAAGCUGAUACUUGAUCACUGGGCCCUGCGCGCCGCGCACUCUUGGCCGAGACUGUUCCGAAGUAAGCAGAAAGAGCUAACAGACUUCAUGGUCGCUCACCGUUACGAGCUAGCGUCGCAUAUGCGAUUUUCUCUGCUCAGCAUUCAGGAAGCACUCAACUUCAUCGGGCCGAAAGGAGUGCAGCGCAUUCUCGUGACAGAGCAGGCGCCCCAGAUGCAAGUGCAUGGAAGUGAAGAAGAUGAUCCAGAUCCUGAAGUGCGCUACAGGAGGGCCAAGAAUGGUUUUGGAUAUCUAGGACGCACGCUGACGGAAGAUGAAAAGGGCCCCUACCCUUUUCGCGGCGCACUCCUUCACUGCAUUCUUGCUGGCAAUUUAGUAUUCGCAAAUGGCGAAAUGAAUAGCCAACAUGAAGAUCUCCCUUUGGAGGCAUGCGCGACAAAUAAAGUCAUAUCGGUGCUUCGCACAAUGGUGAAUUGGUUCCCCGGUGACAUUUUUGAAGAUGAAGUGCUGGGGUCGACGGCGGUGGGACCCUUGCACGAUCUACGCAACUACCGUCGCAGAGAACAUAGACAAAUUAGGCUUCUUCUCAUCGAUGUGCUGCGAAAAGGGGAAAAGGGCACCGCGGAAAUGAUGAAAAGCCUCGGCUUUGAGGCCGUGAAACGUAUCGCGCGCGCGGAGGUAAAGCACGCCAAUAUUAAGGCCAGUUUUUCAUCACCAUCCCAUGUGGAUUUUAACGGGAAAACAAGGGAGGAACGAAAAGGGUAACCGCAACUCACUCACCAAGGCGUGAUGAAAAACUACAACUUUUAAGAUUAGCCCAUCAAACUGUCCCUUUUUUCUGGCAGCAUGCUUAGCCAUAUCUCGUGGACUUCUUUCGCCCGAUGAGAAUGAUGAGGUGGGUCGCGCCGACAUAUGGCUGCCAAUACUCGACUUGCACGAAUUAGCUCGAAAUCCAGAUUGGUUUCCAGCAGAUAUUUGGAAAAGGGAAAACAACAGUGGAAGAAGCAAAAGAGAAGUGUACAGAUUCUGUUGCCAAAAGAAAGAGGAGUGGUUCGGCGAAGUUCUACGAUUAAGUAAGAACAUGAAGGUCAGGUUCUGAAGUUCCGAAUGGUGACUGCUACAGUAUAACUCUUGAAGACAUUCAGGUACCUUACUCCUUUCACCUUUCUGAACCCGAGCAAGACAUGCGAGAAUUACGGUGCUGUAUUUUAUUUGAACCAAUACUAGUGCGUUAUUUUUUUCGACUCUGACCGUGACCCCGCACGACAGUGAUUUGAUUUAUGCGCGGCCUACGCAUCCAGCAAAUAGCUCUUUUUCAUCAAGCACCCGCAACUUCAUCUGCAAUAUUCAUUGACAUAUUGCUACGUUUGAACAACUAGCACAGUGUCAGUGGUGCUGGUGUUUUUGCUUUUUCUGGCACUUAGGUUUAGGUAAACAACGCUAUCGAUACAUAACCCUAUCAUAAUUUAUGGAUACUCUAUCUCUAGUAACUAUAAGUAUAAUAACUACGUCAAUUACGCAGGCACUUUCAAGCAAGACCAAGUCAAGCUACCACUACCUCAACAUUCGCAAUCCGCAAACCGAACGAGUCUAAAUCAUACUAGUACGUCCUACUUAUAUUUUAUAUUGUUUGUAAGUACUUACUACUUAGUGUUAGUGGUCUAAAAAUCACUCGUCUAAUAAUUUUACUACAACCCAUGAUCAUCUUCUUCAUCAUAUCGUCGAACCCAGCGCAUUUUAUUCUGAUUGAAAUGAUCCAUCGUCAUACGAUCACAGUAUCUACUUCUGAUGUAGAAUCAGUAUCAACUAAAGGGGAAGGGGAUCAAGUAGAAGGCGUCCCCUUCAUCCUGGUUUUGGCGUCUUCCACUUUGAGAGCCUUGACGAAUGAAGUCUUGGGAGACGCAGUCUGACGCAUUCCUGAGGGACGCAGGAUGAAGCUCAAUAAUUGCAGCGUUCCUUAAAUAAUAUAAAGCAUGGUGAUGGCUGAUGGUCGUGCACACGACUCGUAUCAUUAGAGAAUGAAGAUGAACAUUGGUGAUUCGUGAA